AUGGCCAAACAGAUCAACGUCACUGAGCAGGAAGCGCGAGAGGUCGCCGAAGCCUCGCGGCAAACCGAAUGGACCCAGCCGAGCUUCAUGCGCGAGUUGUUCCUCGGCAACUUCCGCCUCGACCUGAUCCACCCCUUCCCGCUGGAGAGCGAAGAGCGGCCCGAGUUCGUCGCCUUCUACAACGCGAUGAAGGAGUUCAUGCGCGAUCAUGUCGACAGCGAGUUGAUCGAUGUCACCGGCGAAUAUCCCGAAGAGGUGGUCGACGGACUGCGCAAGCUCGGCGCCUUUGGCAUGAAGAUCCCCACCAAGUACGGCGGACUGGGCUUCAGCCAAGUCGAGUACGGCAAGGUGAUGGAAAUGCUCGGCGCCCAGGACGGCAACCUCUCGGCGCUGCUCUCGGCCCACCAGUCAAUCGGCGUGCCGCAGCCGCUGAAGCUGUUCGGAUCAGACGAGCUCAAAGAGAAGUAUCUGCCGCGCUGCGCCAAAGGCGAGAUCUCGGCCUUUGCCUUGACCGAGGAUCAGGUGGGCUCGGAUCCGGCACGGAUGACCACUACCUACGAGCUCAGCGAAGACGGCCAGCACUACAUCCUGAACGGUCGCAAGCUGUGGUGCACCAACGGCACCCUGGCCGACCUGCUGGUGACCGCCUGGGAAGGGGUCAAGAUCGAGCAUCGCUGCCACUUCAUGGGUCUCAAGGCGCUGGCCAACGCGGUGCUGAGCUUCACUGACGUCAAGAUCCCGGUCGAGAAUCUGAUCGGCAAGGCCGGGCGCGGUUUGAAGAUCGCCCUGACGACGCUGAACGACGGCCGCUUGUCGAUCCCCAACAGCUCGGUCGGCCUGGCCAAGCGGGCGUUGCAGAUCUGCCGCCAGUGGUCGAGCGAGCGAGUCCAGUGGGGCAAGCCGAUCGGCCGUCACGAGGCCAUCGCCCACAAGAUCGCCGACAUGGCUUCGACCACCUUCGCCAUGGAGUCGGUCGCCAACCUGGCCACCGAGAUGUCCAACCGCGGCAACUUCGACAUCCGCCUCGAAGCGGCGGCUGCCAAGGAGUGGAACACCUGCCGCGCCUGGGAGAUCGUCGACGACACUAUGCAGAUCCGCGGCGGCCGCGGCUACGAGACCGCCAGCUCGCUCAGGGCUCGCGGCGAGCAGCCGAUCGCGGUGGAGCGGAUGAUGCGUGACUACCGGAUCAACAAGAUCUUCGAGGGCUCGAGCGAGAUCAUGCAUCUGUUCAUGGCCCGCGAAGCGGUCGACAAGCAUCUGCAGGUGGCUGGCGACAUGAUCGACCCGCGCAAGAGCCCGUCGGAGAAACUCCAGGCGUUGCCAAAGAUCGCCGCCUUUUAUGCCUCGUGGUACCCGACCCGCUGGAUCGGCUUCCAGAGCUUCUCUGAGUUCGGCGCCUUCGCUCCGCACUUGCGGUUCGUCGAGCGCAGCACGCGGCGGCUGUCACGACAGAUCUUCCACGGCAUGAUGGUCCACCAGGCCAAGAUGGAGCGCAAGCAGCUGUUCCUGUUCCGGGUGGUCGACAUCGCCAACGAGUUGCUCGCCAUGGCCGCCAGCGCCAGCCGCGCCCACGCCAUGCAGCAGCAAGGCCACCGCAACGCCAAGCAGGCCGCACAGCUCGCCGACCUGUUCUGCCGCAGCUCGCGGCGCAAGGUUCAGCAGCUGUUCCGCGACCUGUGGCGCAACGAUGACGACCUCAAGGUCAAGAUCGCCAACGGUGUCCUCAAAGGACGCCAACUGUGGCUCGAAGAGCUCCUCGAGGGAUUGGAAGUCGAAGCUCCGACGCCGGCCCGGGCGCAGGUGACGGCUAAGAAGGAGGCGCGGCCAGUUGCGGUGAACUGA